AUGGAUGCAUUUGUGACGAGACUUCCCAAGCCGCCGAACCAACUUCGAGAGCAAGUUCGCGGUGACUCACCAGAAACGGAGAGGCCUUCCAAGCGAGCCAAACGGCAGGGAUCACCAGACUCUGAGGGUGGCCUAUGCCCUGAUCACCCCCAGGAUAUCCCACCGAGGGAGGAUUUACCUGAUAAUGGAGCAACGAAAACAAAAUACCAAAUUGAGGAACACCCUCGAAUUACGGACAUUGAGAACGCGUUACCGCCCACUGCUGAAGGCCAAGAAGCAGUCGAGCAGUAUGAGACGAUGAAGUCAUCACAGGCUUCGGCGCAUGAUGAGGAUGACACCACAGAAACACCUCAGCCACUUUGGGUUAAGGGACGAAGCUCUAUUUAUGUGGAUGCCUUCAAUCUUGCGCUUGAUACCGUCCUAGAAGAAGAAUCGCAUUUAUUUGACGAGAAAGAGACCGAGGUUUUUACCCAGUGGAGAGAACUAAAUUACGAGGCUCAGUAUCUCUACGUCAGGCUCUUUCUGAGGAAAACUGCAUCGUGGCAUCGCCAUAGUCGUCUUGGAUAUCAUAACGACAUCUCGGACCUUGAGGCAGCGAUAGCUACCCUGCAAUCGUCUCGUAUUCUGCCAGCUAGCACAGCCACCCCAAUACAGAGCCCAGUUCAUGAUCUUCAACCUGAAGAGUCGAGAUUGGAUGAGGCGUUCAGCUUUGCCGAUAGGUCAGAAGAUCACAUCGAUUCUGUAGAAGAGGCUGCGUCGCUGCUGAGCCUAGACGAGUUGAAAGAGCUUGCUAAGGAAGCAAAAGUCCAAGGGCGCAAUAAGUCAGAACUCAUUCAUUCACUAGGAAAGAUGAGCAAGCAACAGUCUGGAUUGAUGUCGGUAGGCCUCAGCAGACACAACAGCCGUGGUUCUGUUGCCGAAGACCAGGAAAACUUGGAUGCAAAAGCUAAGGGAAAGGACAUCGCAAAGCUUCGGCGAAAAGAUUCGAAUCGAGAGCAGCAUUUUCUUACAAAAAUUCUCGCAAUACUUGGACCUUGCAUUCGAUUGUCGCCAUCAGCCUUCAAGCUUUUUGAGCGACGGCAUUUCCCCGAAUACAUUGUGUGCCGAACUUCGACUAUAUUUAUGUCGCGCCUGCACCUACUAGAGUAUGAAACUGCCAUCCGCCUGGAGGCUGAAGUCGAUGCAUGGGAGUUCAGUAGCCCACCCGGAGAAGAGGGCCUCAGACUGAUGGUCAACAUUUUUGAGAAAGUUUACCCGCGAUGGAGGAUAUUGGUUGAAGAAGAGCAGCAUAAGGAGCACACCGUCUAUGAAAUGGGAGAGGGUGCUUACUUGAGACGUUUCACACCAGGCCAUUCGUAUACAAGAAUUGUCCAUAAAGCAGCACCAGUUUUUGGAAAGCUCAAACAACAUCUCAGAGAGCAUGAGCUGCUCACCGAGCUUCUCGAUCAACGGCUAUUUCAUCCAGCAAGACGAGGCGGUUGGUAUCAACGAAAGGCUCUUCUGGAGGAGCAUUACAUGCCAGCUUUGGACCCGAAUCCCAAAUUCACAGACCCCGAACAGCAGAAGAAACAUUGGAAGAAAAUUGCAGUUGCUACUUGUGAGGCCGGCCUACAAGACCCAGACAGCCAUCUGAUAUUUCACUACGACUUGCAAAAACGCCUUGUCAAGCUAGAAAAGAAACUACGUAUACCACGUCGCUUACAACAUGAUUUUGGCCAUGUUGAUCUGCAAAAGCCUAUCGAGCACACCAUUAAAGGAAUUCAACUCAAGAAGGAUAUCAUAGCGAAGGGUGAUCGCCAAGUUUCAACCAAAACAAUAUGGCUCGAUGAGCUAGACACCCAAGAGGAGUGCAGCGUUGAAGCAAUGUGCCUGAGUCAAUAUCGAUCAGAGGGUUGGAAGGGGUAUCAUGCUGAGGGUGGGAUUAUUCGCACUCUUUUCGCGUACCUCUUUUACGAUAUUCUCUUUUUGUAUAUUCCAAAUGUGUUUCAGACAGCAUAUCAAACAUGUCCGCUGGAUCUUCACACUGAUGCUUUCUACCCGUCCCGAGCAUCAGAAAUCAAUCACAGACUGGUCGAGAUUGCCAAUGGAGAGGCUCCACGACUCAUCCGAAAAGUCUGGGAAUCAGAACAUGAGAGGAGAACAAGUGUGGUGGGCCUUAACUGGGAUUUCGAGAUUGACGACCUCGUAGAGCUUGCUGGGUGCUUUGAGGGCAGUGCUCUUGCAGCAGUAUGCAAGGUGAUGGCUCAAGAGUACAGACAACGAGGCGGCGGUAUCCCGGAUCUUAUUCUGUGGCGCACUAAUAAUCCACCAGAAGACUCAAAAGAGGUGCCUGGAAGGCCAAAAGGAGAGGUUAUGUUCUCGGAAGUCAAGAGCGCCAACGACCGGCUGAGUGACACUCAACGAUUAUGGAUCCAUGUGCUUACUGGGGCAGGGGUAAAGGUUGCGCUCUGCAACGCCUUAGCGAAGGAAGUGAGGGAAGUGGAUUGA